AGAUUCACCACCCCAAACGCAGCCAAAGCCCCAAAGCGGGCUCGCGCGGCCGUGCCUCCCACUCCCACCCACGGACCCACCGCCCACGCACGCACGGGCGUGCGGCCAUGCAGAUCCUACGCCUCCUCGCGGCGCGGCGCUUCCGCCGGCGGCGGCGCGGGGUGUCCACGAUCACCUCGACGGCGACUGCGCCGGCCACCCCUCGCAGCGGCUGCGUCGCCGGCGUGUACGGAUACGGCGAGGAGGAGGAGGACGAGGGCCCGUUCUUCGACCUCGACCUGACCUGCUGCUCCGCGCCCGCGUCCAGCGCGGGCAGCCAGGCGGCCGAGUCGGGCUCCGAGUCCGAGGACGCCUCGUCCUGCGCCACCGCCACCGCCGCCGCCACCGAGCGCGGCGACCUCGACUUUGUCGUCUCGCUGCAGCGGAGCCGUAUCUACGAUGAGCCGCCGCCGCCGCCGCCGCCGCUCAUGUUCUGCGCGUCCGAGCCGAGCCCGAGCGACGGCCGCCGCAGCAGCGCCAGCGCCAGCCGCCUCGGGAGCAGGCUGCAGCUGCGGACGCUCAGCUUCGGGUCCGCCAAGGCCGCCCUCUACGGCGGGCGCGCCAGCUUCUCCCGGAGCACCGGCAGCGCGCGCUCGGCCAGGCUCUUCGCCGCGUACGGGUACGGGUACGGCUCGCCCGACCAGGACCCGCGGGACGAGGGGAAGGCCAGGCCGCCCUCCGGCGACGUCAUCCGCCGGUACCUGAGCAAGAUCUCCAGCCGGCUGCAGCGCCGGCGCGGCGCGGCCACUGACCUCCGGCUACGGAAGAGCCGCUCGGCCUCCGCCUCCGCCGCAGCGGCGGCCCGGCGCGACGACUCGCUCGUCGAGAAGCAAGACGGCAUCGCCAGCGCCAUCGCGCACUGCAAGGAGUCCCUCCACCGAGCGUCCGUCUCGGAGGCCGACACGUCGCUGGCGCGAUCGCGGAGUGACCCAGGGCCGUAAGCAGCGUCGACGCCGGGUUGCGCCAUCUGCCACGCUCGCCAUUCCACGCUCCGGAGACUCCUGCGGCGGCGGCGGCGGCCGAAGCUUCUCGCUGAAUUUCGACAAGGACGCGAGGAAAAGACGAGGAACUUGCCGGCGCGACUGCCCGAGUACGAACUGAUAAAGGAUGGCUUGCCAAGAACAUGCAGCGGUCGGUUGAAUGAGGGCGGGGAGUGUCUUUAGGAUUGUUUAUGUGUGUGUGAGAAGGACUUCUUUUUCGUGGGUUUAGGCGUGGGGAAAGAGAGCUCCUUUUAUUAGGCUCCUUUAACCACCUUUUUUUUGGGGGUUCAGUUUUUUUUCUAUCUUUUCAGUUCGACGCUUUUUGUACAAGAGGCUUGCAACAGGACCUGUAAUUAGUAGUAGCUGUUAGGUAGGUGGUCAGCCUCAUGCAAAUCUUUCAACAUGUUCGUUCGUUGUCUCAA